UAUAAUGACGGUGGGGGAGGAGGGCAAAUUAGACGUUUGAAGCUUGACUCUAUCCAUUAUAAAUACAGCCAGUGACCACUCUGUGAUCAUAACUUCAUAAGUCACCAACACGUUGUGCAACAUCUAUUGUGAUACGAUGAUUUCGAAGACAUGUGUGGUGCUGUGCUGCCUUCUAGGGGCGGUACUAGCCGAGGAGAAAUAUUCGGACAAGUAUGACAACUUCGACUUGAAUGAGGUUCUGGAAAAUAAAAGAUUAUUGAUAUCUUACGCCAACUGCAUUCUUGAUAAGGGGAAGUGCACCCCUGAAGGAAAGGAAUUAAGAGACCACAUUCAGGAGGCUCUCGAGACUGGCUGUAAAAAAUGUACAGACGCCCAAUCAAAGGGAGUUACAACCGUGAUAAACCACUUAAUCAAGAACGAGCCUGAAAUCUGGAAGGAGCUGAUUGCCAAGUAUGACCCUCAAGGGAUCUGGAGGAAGAAAUAUGAGGACCUUGCGAAAGAAAGAGGAAUUGUCAUGACCUCGAAAUAAGAUUAUUUCCACAAAAACCGAUAGAUGAUGAAUUUUUAUACCUAUUUUGUUUACCUGUUGAUUUUGUAAUAAAAAUAUAUUUAUGAAUCUUAA